AUGUAUUUAUUACUAACAAAGCUCUUACCCUUAUGCAUUUUUCCGCUGGUGACGUCACGCGCCAUCGUAGCUCCAACUCACUUAUUCCUGAGCCGAGUGGGCCCAUGCGCCGACUCGCCCAAGAUGGCGGUGAGAGUGUCCGAGCUGAGCAUCAUGCGCCGGUUCUACGACUUCAUACUGUCGGGACAACUGAAUAUUACUGGGAAUUUCAGUGAUGGCUGGGAUAUCAAGGCAACGAUGCAGAAGUGCCCAGACAUACGCAACACCGACACGUGCGACCACUACCGGUCCUUCACGGUCGUCUCCGGCGGCUGCAGCGGCGAGAGUUUGCCCGGCUUCGAUCUCUACAGCAUGUUCUUCCACUACCUGAGUCCCAAAAUGAGUUGCCCAAUAAAACCUGGGCAGUACCGCAUUGACAACUACCCGUUCUUCACUGAGGACAACUACCUGGCCGUGACGGAGGCUAAAAUAUCCACCAGUGUGUUCGGGUACACGGUGCGGCUAGACGGCUAUAGCGACUCAGAGCAGAUACUGUGCGUGGAGGCGUACCUGCGUCUGCUGUACCUGCGCGACCACAACUGGCUGGACCUGGAGGCCGCCGCCACCGACCCCCCGCCCACCGAGGAAGACGACUAG